GGAAAGAGCUAUUAACUUUUAACACGCACCUCUGCCCGACAAAUCAGCGACAUUCAAAAACUUCUAUAGCGAUGUUGUUAGCGACAUGGUAAAAAAAACGUGUAUUAUUCGUCCAUGGCAGGACGUCGACCACGAGCCACGACCAGCACAUGUUGUCGACCAGCACAUGCUGACCACUCACUGUCACGACAUCAAGAAUUUUGAUUGAAAGCGACAGUAAAACGAACAUCCGAAAAACGGGAAAGAAUGCCGACCACGUCUCCGAAGAAGGCGAACUACCAGGGCGCGGCGAUCAAUGCGCAGGCGUAUUUGAAGUCCUCCGGUAUGGAAAGGUUUUUGAUAUCCUGUGCAAAAGUAUCGUACUCGUAGUAAUUGCAAUUAUGCAUGACAAAUCUGGUUCUUGAAGUAAAAGUAAAACAGCAUGACAAGUUCUAGCUUUCAUGCUGAACAAACUUGCAAUGUCAUUUCUACUAGUACGAUUUUUUUGCAAUGCAUAUUUGAAUCAGUGCGUCAACAGUUGCGUGCAGCAGCGGGUGAACGACCCCUACGUGUUUAUGCUGCGGAAAUUGACCCAGAACCUGACCGAAGCAGAACUCCAGCAGUUCGGGCUCGUGCGGACCGCGAAGGAAAAACAAAUCAGGAUUUCGGAGGAACAGGGGUAGCAAGAUAGAAGGACAGAUGAAGAUGAUACAACUGAAGGUGAAGAUGAAGAAGCUGGACACUUCCAGUUCGUGUGUUGCUGUUUCGGAAGAAAGGAAGUGUCAGGCUUGUUGCUGAUAGACAUCGUCGUUAGUUGAUGUUGAUGAAAUGGAAGCGGCUCCAUGAUGAAACCUGAGUACAUCUAAUUACAAGCUCCUCGGACAUCAGGGUGGAAGAAAAUGAUGCCGCAUACUCGACGGGAAU